GGGAGACAUCAACACCGACCUAGAAGAAUACAGCACUAAUAUUUCCUGAAUGCCGGGAUAUACGUUUUCUAUGAACGGCACAGUUGAUUCACGCUAUUUGUGUUUACGGUGCAAAAACAUCCUCAAAGAUCCAGUCCAGACGGGUUGUGGCCAUGUUUACUGCAUCUCCUGCAUUCCUCACCUCAAGAGGUAACAGAAUCACUGAUCAUAAUCUCAAUAAAUUUCGAAAAACAAGCCUAAACAAAGCUUUGUUAUAGGAGCUCUGCAAUGUAAAAUAAUCUCAAGGGUUCAUACACCUUUUGCAGAGGUGUGUAGUAAAUAUAUGGAGGUUUUGGUUGGCCGAGGUAGCGAGGAAUCUAAUGCACUCUAGUGAAAUAUUUUGCUCACGUAAAAAAACAAUAGAAUUGCCUACAUUAGCCUCAUCAGUAAAGCAUCCAAAUUUCAACGUUACGAAUUUUUCAAUUGACAGGGAUGAUGGGACUUAUAUCUGUCUUGUUGACAAGGCACCCUUCGCAGCAGACCAGGUAAAUUUGUAAGGACACAUUCUUAACAUGAAAAGGUAUUGUUGGUGUUAAAAGAUCCAAUAUUAAUCAAGUCGAAGACCUGCUUUGAUAACUUUUUUAACGAAAACGUUUCUUUAAUUUGUAUGCAGAUAUUCCACGACAACUUUAUGAAGCGCGAAGUUCUUUCCCUCGUAGUCACAUGCCCUAAUUCAUCGGAUGGCUGUAAGUGGAAAGGAGAAGUGAGACAUAUUGAGGUAAGUCAAAGUAAGAAAAGCCAAAGAACCAAUCAGAAUACAAAUCGCAAGUAGGAUUUAUCUUCUGGAAGGGGAAAGGAGAAAGUCUAAAUUUCAUUGGUUGAGAAGGGGGGGCCAAUUCUUUGGGAAAAAUAAAAUUGACAAUCGCGAUCGAAAUUGCUAUCUUUUUUACCUGUAAAGAAUAAAUCUUCAUAUUCCCUACUAAUCUCCUCUCGAAUCCUAGUCUGUUGUUCUUCGAUGUGUUCUGCCGAAAAAAAAGUUAACUUUUCCUUCUCCCAACAAUGCGCACCGGUAGGCAAAGAUAAUAAUAGUACAGAGUUGUCUUACUUGUACAAAGUGUAUUCUUAGGACUGCUGCUAAACUAUAUCACGCGAGGAAAAAGUCAAACAGCACACAAAGAGCAACGCUUGAUAGAGGCGUUAUAAUUUUCUUUUCCGUCUUCUGUAGAAACACCAGUCUACCUGCCCUGAGGAAAAAGAAAAAUGCUCCAACCAUAACUGUCAAAAACUUGUGAAAAGAUCCGAUCUUCAGCGACAUCAGGAACACGAGUGUCCGUAUCGCACCCAACAGUGCUCCUUGUGCGGUGAUUCUAUGACUGCUGCUGUUCUUAAGGUCAGUUUGAUCACCCUUCUAAAGCUACUUUUACCGCAAUGACACUUCUAAUUCAGGCGCUUUUUAAAUCAUAUGACCAGUGUAGUUUAGUUUGUUUCAAGGACAACACCAUAAUGCCUUGCUUUUCAUAUAUGCGUAUGAUUAAAAUUAACUCUAAACCAUUUGCAAUAAGUGACAACAAAUGGCCAACUCCUUUUAACAUGUCCAGAGCGCCUCUUUCCUUUAUCAUCGGUUUUCCGCGUACAAUUGCAUUCACACGUACCUUUAUUGAAUCAUCUUCAAAACAAAUGAAUUCUCACCAACUGUUUUUGUCUCGAUUCCAAAUUUUUAGACUCAUCAAAUACAGGAUUGCAAAAUGUAUCCCAUUCAAUGUCGCGGAUGUGGAAAAGAAGGAAUUCCGCGAGGAGAGGUAGCCAUGUUUAAAACGUCAACUAAUUGCAUGCACAUUUCUCCUGGUGGACAGCCAAAACAGUUGAACAGAAUUCGAUUAUUACUUUCAGAAAUUUAUCUCAAAGCUAAGGAAGAAGUUUUACCCUAUUCUUAUGAAGCGCUACAUUUGCAUCAGUAUGUGUUAUUUUUGCUGUUGAUUUAUUUCAUUUUUGUAGUGCACUAAAGUCUGCAGAAUUACAUCGUACAGGUGUCCACCUUUCCUUCAAAAAGAGCAAUAAACCAAAUAUUACACUGCUCUUCUAAGACACGGAAAUUUAGAGAAACCCUUCAGAGUUGUCGACGUAAGCUUACAAAUAAGAUUUUUACCCUCCUUUAAUUUCAAUCCUCACAGAUGGAUAGCCAUGUUAAUCCCAUUCAUGGUGACUGUGAGGCGGUCGAGAGGACCUGUGCAUUUGAACAGAUUGGUUGCAGCAACAACAAGGUUCGUAUCAUAAUGAAGGUUUCACCUAGUUGCCUUUUUAAAACUAUUGAAAUAAAAUUUAUCCUUCGUAUGGGCCACCUACCGAAGUGAUAAUAAAGUUCCCCCGGUGUUUCACUAUUCGAAACACUGGCGUGUUAAAUGAAGUCCCCUUCAAAGCCGUUUUAUUGAGAUGUCUAACAUCUUCAAAAACGGCUGCAAAAGAUGUUCAACCAGGGACACUAAAUCUACGAAAAGUUGCAAUAAAAGUAUCAAAAAAGCAAAAACGAUUUGUCAAGUAGAAAUUUCGUUUACACACACCAACCAAAUAAAUAAUCAGGGAUGAUUUUCUUAAAUCCCUGCACUAACAGAAAAUGAAGCAAUCCGAGGUCAAGAAACAUAAUGAGCUGACUGCAAUUUUGCACAUAAAUCUACUUUUGACGAGUGUUCUUCGGCUGGAGGAGCAAGUUAAAAGUCAGCUCUCUAUGGGUGGUGCAUGGGGUGGUGGCACCUCCGAUCAGUGGAUGAGACGAUCGGAGAUGACCAUCGCUAACGCCAUAUCAAGCAUCGACACAGUGGUACGCGAGCAAACCGACUUACGACAGAAGCUAGAAGAUAAUUCUAUGAGACUUGUGUCGAUGGAAAAAAGAGUUUCAACCCAUAGAGACCAGUUCCCACAAUCGGCAACUUUCUCUUCGUUACAACCACUCCCCAUUUCGGACCAGAUUUCACGACGUCUCACAAAUGCCGAAAAUGGCACCAAUAACAUCGAGUUCUUAGUAAACGAAACAAGGCGUGAGUUGAACGAAGUCAGACAAGAAGUAUCGUCUGUUAAACGCCAAUUGGAUGGCGCAGUGGACAGUAUUAGACGACUCGAACGAAGAAUGGAGUCUGUGGAACACAAUUUGGCGCUCAGAAAUGUUGUUUUGUCGGAUAUCGAAGAACAUAUUCAACAGCAGCAAGUUUCUACAUAUAAUGGGAUCUUACUCUGGAAAAUAUCGGAUUUUGCACGUAAGAAAAAUGAUGCGGUAACUGGGCGAGAGGUCUCAAUAUAUAGCCCGUGCUUUCAUACCAGUGAGCAUGGUUACAAAAUGUGCGCGCGACUUUACUUAAACGGCGAUGGAAUGGGUAAAGGAACCCAUCUGUCGCUGUUCUUCGUUGUCAUGCGUGGAGACUACGAUGCAUUGCUCCGCUGGCCAUUCAGACAGAAGGUGACCUUCAUGCUAUUAGAUCAAGAUAACGUAGAGCACGUGGUUGAUGCUUUCAGACCCGAUCCAAACAGCUCAUCGUUUCAAAGGCCACGAAGGGAAUCAAACAUUGCGAGUGGGUGCCCGAUGUUUUGUUCUCUAUCGGAGUUAAAUAACCACGCCUAUGUGAGAGACGAUGUUAUGUUCCUGAAAGUUAUUGUAGACACGACAGAUCUCUGA